AAAAUUCAAAGUUAAAAACUUCGAUCUCUUUUUAGUUUGUGGGUGUAAUCACAACUCAUAAUAAACAGUGGAUUUCGAAAAACACGAUAUAAAGGUUACUCGCUAGUAAUGAUAUCUCUGUGGAAUAGACUAAAGGGUAUUGGCGACGCAAGUGUGACGAAUAUCACCUACGGACAGACAUUGUCAAAAGCUUAUGGAUCCAUAGAUAGAGAAUUUCCGCAAAAAGAUCCCUUCAUCCGCAUGGAUCACUUUGUGUUCGUCUCUCCCUCUGGCUUGGAUUUUCAUCCCCAUUACGGAUUUGAGAGUAUUAAUUAUAACUAUCAAGGCGCCACUCAACAUUCUGACAACAUCGGAAACGACGAGUACUUGGGGCCUGGUUUCGUUCAGAAUAUGAAAUGCGGGAAUGGUAUUCUUCAUGCAGAGUUUCCCGUGGGUGUAGCAAAUGGUAUUACGUUAUGGCUUAAUUUAUCGAAGAAAAAUAAGGCAGAAAAAGCUAAAUUUCAAUUUUCUAGAGCGAAGGAUGUUCCUAAAAUAAAGAAGAAUGGUGUCACCAUUAAACUUUUAGUCGGAAAAGCCUUCGAUCUACAGUCAAAAGUGACAACAGAAACGCCAAGCGUUAUUCUUAACAUCGAAUUAAACCCGGGAGCCUCUCAUAUCCAGCCAGUACAAAGAACGUGGACGUCUUUUAUGUACGUUAUGAUAGGAGAAGUCGACGCAUCCGGCGUCACAGUACAAGAAUACCAUACUGCUGAUAUCGUGAACGGAGACCAAUUACGAUUUGAAAAUAGAUCAAGAAACAGAAAUGCAGUGAUUUUCUUCUUCUCCGCUGUUGCUAUUGGAGAUCCGAUAUACGUUGAUCGCAAUGGAAGUCACGGGUAUGUUGCAAGGACACAGAGAGAAGCAGAAAAUGUAAAGAAAGAAUAUGAAAAUGGACUAAACGGUUUUCAAACUCGUCGAUGGAUAAAAAUUUGAGUAACUAAAUUUUUACCGAUAAAAGACUUUUUUCCAAGUGCUUGACACGCAAACGAACUUGUAAAAAUAUAAGUAUAUACGGAAAAAAUUACAACUCAUUUAAAAUUCUUCCACGUGGUUAUUUAGGCUUAAAUAUUUUCAUCUUAUAUUGGACAUAAAAAAUGAAUACCUGUAACAGCAUUGUCAUAGUAAAAAUUUGAAAUGAGGGAGGUACUUCUGUUUCACUCUGUGCACCACUUUUCGUGCACGUGGCUUUAUCAGCUUCUUCUCUUUUGCUAUAGAGCGAGAUAUACUUCAUAAGAUGCUCGGGGAAUCUUUGCAAUAAUUCUAUAUGAACUUGAACACGUUUCAUACUCCCGUGGGAGGUUUGUUGUAUUUUUAAAAAGAAGUUUGGUUUUUCACCGUAGCGGGUAUUUGCGAUAUAGAGUUGGUAACGUGCCGAACAACAGAUCCGGUUUUACCAUUAGGCAAAAGAUUGAAACCGAGGAACCUCAAACCUAGGGGCCUCGACAUUCAGUUUUGAACUAUUAUUCAUUUUUA